GUGAUCCUGGUUUCGGCCAAUAAGCUGACCCGUUACAUCGAGCCCUGUCAGCUGACAGAUGACUUUGGAGGAAGUCUGGACUACGACCACAGCGACUGGCUCAACAAGAGACUGGUUUUUGAGAAAUUCACCAAAGAGUCGACGUCGCUGCUGGACGAGCUGUCGAUCAUCAAUGACAGUGACAAGAGCAGUUCGGUGGACAAGGAAAAAUCAGCUGACUCCGCCCUCUUACCGUCCUUUGACCCGGAGACUGUUCUUCAGACUGGUCAUGAGCUGCUGUCAGAGCUGCAGCAGCGUCGGUUUAACGGCUCAGAGGGAGGAGGAGGAGGACAGGGAGGUCCGACCUGGCGUCCCAUGGAGGAGGAGCUGCUGGCUCAGCCUCAGGUGAUGAAGCUGCUCGACUCACUCAGGGAGCAGUACACCCGAUACCAGGAGCUCUGCAGGCAGCGAAACAAACGCACCCAGCUGGAUGAGAUCCACACCAAGGUCAUGCAG